UAUCAUUUUACGUAAUUAGCGGAUUUUUAACAUCAAAUUCUACGGAAGACUUUAUAGAGCUCAUCAGUAUUUUAGUUGGUUUCAUAACAGCAUCGGUAAGAAUUUAUCUGUUCUUAUUUUUAAGGCCUCAAAUCUACGGUUUAAUAAAUCAGGCAAUCGUAAUGGAAAAAACGGGACCAAUCCAAUCAUUGAGCGUGGAGGAAUUGAAAAUAAUCAAUAGGUGGAGAUUCAUUCGGGAUUUACUGAUAAAGAUUGUGGCUUUUGGCUAUUCAAGCGGGGCGCUGUUUUAUUUAAUUCCUCCUUUAUAUUUCGGGGAAAUUCCCUUUCCUGGUUAUCAUAAGUCAGAAUAUCUUGACUCAAAAUGGUUUGCCACGAUAGCUAUCAUACAGAUCAUAGCGACUGCCAUCAUGGUGCCAGCAUGGAUGUCCUUUGAUAUUUAUCUGUGCACAUUUUUGUGCCAAAUCUGCAAAGAGUUCGAAAUUAUUCACACUGCAGUGCAAGAUUUGCGGGGCAAGAAUAUAGCCACCUUGCACGCUAUCAUUCGGCGGCACAAUAGAGCCUUGGAGUAUGGCAAGAAGAUGCGCAUAAUCGUGCAUUGCACUUUCUUCGUGAUUAAUUGCUGUUACGGUGCUUAUUUAAUAUUCGGAACAAUUAUUAUAGAAAAGAUUAGCUGGAAGACUCAUGGAGCUUUGGCUAUAAAAAAUGCGCUGGAAUAG